AUGCAGCAUCACUCGUCUGAGGUGGCCCGUCUGUAUCAGACUGAGUUCAUCCGGAGCAUGUGGGUGGUGGGCAUGCUGUGGGCCGUCAGCACACUCUGCUUUGCCGUGAUCGAGGUGGUCAUUCUCAUCCAGCCGUCAUGGGUGGGCACACGAGAGCUGCACUACCGAGGAGGGGGUCCGGCUCCUCCGACCGGGACGCUGGGCCUCUUUGAGGUCUGCAUGGAGACGGAUUGGCCCGUCCCAGAAUGCCGGGGGUCUCUUCACACCCUAACCCCACUCCCUGCCUUCCAGUCUCCCGCUGUGCUGGUCUGCAUGUCUCUCACCAUGGUGUGGGCCAGCGUGGGCUGCCUGUGUCUGUUCAGAUUCUGCAACGCAGCAACCGUCUAUAAGAUCUGUGCUUGGCUGCAGCUCACAGCAGGCUUCUGUUUGGUGCUGGCGUGUGUGUUGUUCCCAGACUCCUGGGUGUGUGCUGAGAUGCAGGCGUUGUGUGGGGAGCGUGUGAGUAGUUUCUCCCCGGGGAACUGCUCUGUGCACUGGGCGUACAUACUGGCCAUGCUGGGGGUGCUGGACGCUGGCAUACUGGCCACGCUGGCUUUUGUUUUGGGGAAUCGCCAAGAUGCCCUGCUGCCAGAAGACACCAAGGAUGGUGAUGUGACUGGCUUGUUACUGACAGCAUAAAACAGGCCUGAGCUGUUCUCACUCAGUCAGAAACUGCUGGUAAGACAGUAGUCUGGUUUCUCUGGGGAUUGUUUUUCUGGCACUAGCAU